AUGCAAAAAAAAUCAAUUAUUGUUGUUUGAAAAAAGAAAUGAAAAAUUGUGUUGAAAAAAAGUGAAAAAUAAGAAAAGAAACGUCGUCUUCAUAACCUAACAAAGGAAAAAAAAACCUAAAGAAAGCCCGCAAACAUCAUUUUAUCAUUACUCAACUACUCUUCACAUACAAAAAGGCAAAUCCAGGCACAUCAUGUAUGUGAAACGGAAACCAAAAUAUGAAAAAUAUGACAACUGUAAUAGGAUAACAAAUUUAGUUUCGCAUCGCAGCGAUACACGACCACACACAACAACGGAACGUACAUUACGUGCAAUUUCACGUGUUGGACAAGCUGUUAAUUUGGCAGUUGAACGAUUUGUAACUGUUGGCGAGACAAUUGCUGAUGACAAUCCCGAUAUCAAGAAAGAUAUGUACGACGCUUGCAAAGAAGCACGAGCAGCAGGUGCAUCAAUAGAACGAUUGUGUGACAUAAGUGCAAACGAUUUGCAUGGCUAUCCUCCCAGACCGGAUCCUAUUGACGAUCGAGGGCACAUGGUGCGUGCCGCCCGUACAUUAUUAAGUGCAGUUACACGAGUUCUUUUAUUAGCAGAUAUUGUGGUUGUAAAACAAUUACUACUAACUAAGGAUAGGGUAGAACGUACUUUAGGUAGAUUAGAACAAGUGGCAAAUUUUUCCGAAUUUGUAAAAGCAUUUUCAGUAUUUGGUGCCGAAAUGGUUGAAUUAGCACACGUAACAGGUAAUAGACAGAGUGAUUUGAAGGAUGAACGAAGAAGGGCACAAAUGGCGAGCGCAAGGCAAGUUCUUGAGAGAUCGACAAUGAUGUUAUUGACGUCCUCCAAGACAUGUUUGCGUCACCCGGACUGCGUACAUUCAAAGGAAAAUCGCGAUACAGUUUUUUGCCAAAUGCGUCGUGCCAUGGAUCUGAUACAUUACGUUGUCAAAGAUGGUGUGAUAGAAACGACAGUGCCUGCCGAUCGUAAUACCUCACGACAUCAAGCUGAAUGGGACUCGGAACGUGCAACAGCAUUUACGUGUUUGCACCAUUUCCGGCGUCUCAUCGAAGCGGCAAAGCCCAAAUUCAAUCGCAGCGUAUCGACGAGCGUGCCAAAAUCGCUGGCAAAGGAUAUUCUCACGAGUCCGAUUACGGAGAAGGAUUUCGACAUGGAUCGCCCGGAUCCGACGGAGCUUUUGCUACAACGAAGUAACAGCGAACGCGAUCGACGAAUCGGAAGUCGCGCAUCUGGCGGGCAUCGAGAAUUUCGUUAUCGUGAAAUUCUGACGCGGGGAUGUCGUCUUACGGGCGUUUCGUUGUUUACGCCCGACGGCAGGGAAAAACUGAUGGCAGCUCUCGACAAAGUGUGCGAACGUACUCAGGAUUUUACCGAUUCCGCCUACACGAGUCACGAUCAUCGCGAAAAUAUUCUUUUGCUGUGCGAUCGAUGCAAAUUAGAACUAAAUCAGUUGCUUCGUAUGGCUGUUAACAUGGAACAAUUUCCCAACUCUACGUUUGACAUAAAUGCGGCACUCGAAAGUGUGAUAAAUGCUGCGCUCGAUUUGCAACAUCAACUCGUUGUAACGACGCAUGAUCAGGCCGUGGAGUUGCCACACAUCAUCAAAACGAGCAUCGAACUUGUUAAUACGCUCAGGACAAUUGCCUUAAAUCACGAAAUUGAUAGACUGCAAGAAUGCGCUGACCGAUUCCACGAACGGAUUGAUCACAUGUUGGAGGUUUGUAAGUUACUGAGACACAUUGCCUUAUCUGAAACACUUCAAGUUCAAGCCAAAUUUACUGAAAUUAAUAUUAGGAUAUACGGACCACAGGUCAUCACAUCAGCUCGUGCACUCUCUACACAUCCCAGUAGUAAAAUUGCCAAAGAAAAUGUCGAGGUUUUCGUUGAUAUGUGGCAAUGGUUAUGCAGCGAUAUUACGUUAAUAUCGAAGGAAGUGCUUGAUCUUGCACAGAAUCGUUCCAAAAUCGACAAAUCCGAAUACUUAAGUCUUCCAAGGCCUGGCAAGCAUGGAACAACAGCAAAACCAUUAAAGCCUGCGCGUUUAGAUUCGGAAGAGCAGGAAAAAAUCGCCAAAACGGGACAAGAAAUGAAAGAAGCAACAAACGAAAUGGAAGGCGAAGCCGACAAAUGGAAUGCCGAUGAGAACAAUGACAUUGUGAAACGCGCAAAAAAUAUGUCAGCGAUGGCACUAUCAAUGUAUCAAUUCACAAAAGGUGAAGGCAAUCUCCGGACAACACAGGAUUUAUUUACUCAGGCCGAAUAUUUUGCCGAAGAGGCAAACAGAUUAUACAAGGUUGUGCGACAAUUUUCCUAUCAGGUCCCAGCUGGUGAUCCAAAAAAAGAAUUAUUAGCCCAUUUAGAUAAAGUGCCAACUUAUGUACAAACACUACAAUUUACUGUGAAGGAUCAUACGGUUGGGAAAGCCGCAACAUUUGUCAAAGUAGAUCACGUAAUACAGGAAACAAAAAAUCUAAUGAAUAUCAUAUCAAAAGUUGUAUCAACAUGUUUCAGUUGUGCCAAUAAGUAUAAAUUAGACUUUAGCGGAUUAUCUGGGCGCAUGGCAUCCGGAAGUUCGCGCGAUGACGAAGUUUCUGGCGGUCAAGGAGAUACAAAGGGAACGACAUUCGGAUCAACGGAUCAGCAAGGGUGACAGUACGGGAUGGGCAGACGGCCCAAAGGAGACGCGCGUAGAACACGAGUUUCGUUUCUCUUGUUCUAAUGAGUCUGUGUUUAAGCUGCGUUUUGAUGCGAGAAGAGCAAUUGUACGAAGAACAACAACAUUUCUCAGCACAUACAAAUACAUAUCAAAACUAAGAUUAAAUAUCAGAAAAUGGAUGUUUGUGUAAAAAAAAAUAAAAUUUUGUAAAAAAUAGUCGCUGAACUAAAACUACAUGAUGAGUGAUUAGUAAUUUUUAUCAUUAACUGCAAUUAAUAGCUGUGUUUUUUCGUGUACUACAAAAACAACA